AUGUGCAUUUUAUAGGAAAUGGGGAGAUUGGAAGGAAAAAUCGCAGUGCUUUCAGCUGCCGGACAAGGGAUCGGGAGGGCCUCAGCACUGGCCUUUGCAAGAGAGGGUGCAAAAGUUAUUGCAACUGACAUAAAUGCAGAUUUAUUGAAAAAAUUAGCCGAGGAUUGUCCAGGAAUUGAAACAAGGGUUCUUGAUGUGACAAAAACAGAGGAUGUGAAAGCUUUCGCUGCAACUAUACCAAAGAUUGACAUAUUAUUUAAUGUAGCAGGAUUUGUACACCAUGGAUCCAUCCUGGAAACUGAUGAAAAAGCCUGGGAUUUUUCCUUCGAUUUGAAUGUCAAGAGCAUGUGGCGAAUGUGUAGCCAGUUUCUUCCCAAGAUGAAGGAGCAGAAGUCAGGAGUCAUUCUUAACAUGUCCUCUGUGGCCUCCAGUAUCCAUGGUGCUCCAAAUCGCUGUGUUUAUGGGUCCACAAAGGCUGCUGUAAUAGGGCUUAGUAGAGGAAUAGCUGCAGACUUUGUCUCUGACAACAUCAGGUGUAAUUCUAUCUGUCCAGGGACAAUUGACACUCCAUCUUUGCAAGGAAGAAUCCAGGCGCAGCCAGAUCCUACGAAGGCCAGGAAGGAUUUUGAGGCACGACAGAAGACCGGUAGAUUUGGCACCCCAGAAGAAGUAGCCAACAUGGCUGUGUAUCUUGCUUCUGAUGAGGCAGUGUAUGUUACAGGGAAAGAGUUUGUUAUUGAUGGAGGCUGGAGUAUCUAAUUGUAGCACUAUUGCCACAUUAUCCAAGAUUUUUUUAUACAUCAGAUUUUAAAAUCUACACGUGCAUGAAAUCCAUGUGAAUUUUUUCAACAAAGCAGAAUUCUUAGUUUCAUUUGUGUACUUCAGUGCUCAUAAUCAAAUAUAUAUACGGAUCAAACUCUACAAAAUGUAAGAAAAAAGUUGUGCUUGAUAUUACUGUCAUACAGUAAUUUAAAGAGCAUUGCAAUUUAUCACUAUUGUUAUCAAUGUUGCUAUGAAGAUUUUAUGGUUGUCUCUGUGUAUUCAAGAUGAACAAAUUUUAGAUUUUUAUCUCUUUGUUACAAUGUCAUAAAAUAUGUUUAUUUAUAAUGAAAAGGAAUUAUUUUUAUUCCAAUAAUUGAAUUAAUAUAUAUAAAUAUUACAUAUAUAUUCCCUACAAUUUUUCUUUUAAGUUAAUAUAAAUAAUAAAAUUAUUUGAAA